UCGACUUUUCUUAGUUUGCGAUAAAAAUAUAUUUAUUAAUUCAAAAAACUUCAAAAAAUCGAUAAAAAUCGCGCGGACACGAAAGUUUCAAAUUAUAGUACUCUUUAAAGGCGCACACCUGUUUUGCAAUUUGAAAAUUGUCGUUUCGAGACCGGGUACCGUAUUUUGCCGCAAAAUUACAAAACUUUGCGCGGCUGAAUAAAAUUUAAAAUUUAAAUUUAAUAAAUCAGAAAAUCAAUAAACGUGUGCCAUCUUUUUUUUGUGGAAAAAUCUACGCAAUUUUAAGUGAUUAGUUUUUUUUCUUUAAAUUAUAUUUAUUUUACGCAAUAAAAAAAAAGAAGCUAUUAAUAAUAUUCACGUACGAAAUUCUGUCAUUUCUCAAUAAUCCUAAGCGGAUUUUAAUAGGCGGUCGAAUAUAUCAAAAAAUAUUCCGGCGAAAUGAAAGAUUCUUGCAAAGUCUCGAAAUCCACAACAAACCAUCGUAUUGAUAUGAAUAAAAGUCUUGAUAUAACCGCUGCCAUUCACCAUUUCGAAUCGGUCUCCCAAUUCCUUCGUGACGACUACUCGGGCGCCCGUGAACUUUGUGACGUCACUCUCCGCUUUGACGAUGAAUCGAUUCCGGCACACUGGGUGAUGCUCGCCGCCUACUCGCCUGCGUUCGCCGAAAAAUUUCGAAAGCCCAAUAAAUGCUUCGUCUUGGAGAUGCAACCGUUGGACAAGACCAGCGUGAAGCGGGUCUUGGAUUAUAUCUACUUUGGCAAGGUGACCUUCCGCCUGGCGACCCUUCACGAAGACUUGAAGGCUAUCUCCUACUUUGAAAUUGUCACGUUGCAAGAGGACGUUGAGAAGAGAUUGGUGGAGCUGGCCAAGGGGAAUUGUGUCGAUGUGCUUAAUUUGGUGACUGCUAACUUGAAAACUAUCCCGCAUUCUCCAUCUACGAUUCUAUUGAUUUCCGAUGAAAGUGUCCGCGAUAUCGUCUCGAUCCUUCACGACACAUACUCGACCAAUCGCCUGUCCUACGAAGAAAUUCUGAGCCUGUCGACGAACACGGUGAUCACAUGUCUGUCGGCACGAAUUCCGGACUUUAAGAAGGUCGACAUCAUCAAUAUGUCGUUGAAGUGGAUCUACGAGCGUCAUCUCAACGAUCACAAGGCGUGCAAGAUUCUGCAAGGUCUGACGCUCGGCUCGAUGACCUACGCGGAGCUGGUGAAUUUGCGAAAUUCGUUGAUUCAAACCGCGAUUCCUGUGACAAUCGGAAGAUGUGUUCGUUUGAAGCGUCGGGAGAACGAUACGCUCGACAUUGUGUUCACCUACGGCGAAUCUUCAGGAUAUCAGAAACCGGGCAUCAAGCCAACGAUCACAUCCUCGUUCACCAUGAAUAAUGACCCAACGUCUGGCGCCGGGACACCAUCUACGAAGACUAGUCGUUCCCCAAGCAACAAGUUCGACGAUGCAAUCUCCGAGUCUUGGAACGUCAAUCUCGAUGAUUGCAACACGGCCAUGUCGUUCAACGACGAAGACCUGAAACGUCUUGGAAUCGAAAAAUCGAAGAAGAUGAAGAAGAAGGAGCAGGAAGAGAUGUAGUAGUAGUAGUAGUAGUAGAUAAUUUGUUGAUUGAAAAAGAAUGAAUGAACUGCUUGGGGGUUUA